AUGAUUUUUCGGUAAAUUCUUUGUUAUUCUCUGAAUUUUUCAUUUUUUGUGUAUUUUAUCGGCGUUUUUUCCCUUUUUCCUCAUUGACGAAUUUUCCUCAGAGCCUCCUUCCCGGUGACAAGAGAAAUGGAAUCGAGAGGACCUGCGAAUGUCGUCUUGCGUUCUCCGGUUCGAGGCAACCAACGGCCACCCGGCUUCGAGACGAUGACCUGGGCCCCGGCCCGCAAGAACGUCAAGAGACCGAUCGGUUCGUUGAUUUUUUGAUUAGAAAAGUUCAAAAAAUGUGUAUAAUUGAUCAAAAAAGCAUUACCUAACCUUCAACUAGGAAAUUUUUAAGGAGGAAAUAGCCAAAAAAGUAGGAAAUUUGACACUUAGAAGCCCCAGAGUGGCCCCUAUAGGGGCAAUCUUAGGGGCCCUUGGAGCGUACCCUCUAGGGGCCACUAAAGCUUACAUAAGUGGCCCCUUUAGGGACAUGUUAGUCGACGAUUGUUACGAAAACUAAGCGAAGAAGCAUUUUCAUGGGAAAAACUGAAUAAACAAGCGUUUUUUAAUGAAAUUGAACGACCCCUAUAGGGUCUACUUGGGCUUGAGGGCUAGUAGAAGGGGCUGUUUUUCCCUCUUCACCCCUAUAGAGACCACUUAAGCUUUAGAAGCUGAGGUCAGACCCGAAAACCUUUACAGUGACCACCUAAAUUUUACCCCUACAGUGACCACUUUUUCGGUCCCUAUAGGGGCUGUUUUUCCCCCCAGCCCUAUAGGUAUCACUCUGGAAUACAAAUAUGACCAAUUUGAAAUUUUUAUUUUAACUAUUAUUCUACAUUAUCGAAGUUAAAUCAAUAUUUGUCGUGACUUGAAAAUUUACAGACAGAAGCGUGAAGCUCCCGCAGCUCAUCUUCACGUCAUCUGACGAGGAGAACGAAGAAGUCGCCCGGAAUCCACUUCAGGCUCGCGAGAACCUACCUCCGGCCAAUAAUUGUGAGUUUUCAGCACUUUGAUAAACUGUGCGGCAAUUGCAAGUAUAACUGCGCCCACUUUGCAUUUUCAAAUUUCUUCUGGGAAAUGCCAAUUUUUUGAAAUUUUUGAUGUUUUUGAGAGCUUUUCAGCAAAUGCGAUAAUUGCUAGCAUAACUGCGCCCAUUUUGCAUACUAUUUAAUUUGAAGAAUCGAGGAAAUAAGUCAAAAAAUGAGCCAUUUUGAUGAUUUUUGAUAUUGAAAAACCGUGCCCAGUUUGCAUAUGUCAUUCGCAGAGGCGUGGCGAAACAAAUAAAAACGUCUUUUUCUCCUCUUAUUUAAAUAAUAAAUAAACACUAAACGUUUUUUUAUUUGCAGAACCACACUGGAUGGGAAGUUGGCCCCGCCUCUCGCUUGUGA